CUCAUUGCAGAGUCGUUAUCAGUUUCAGGAUGUGGCCAAGAAUAGAUGGAAGUCUCGGGAUAUGGCUGGUGACAAUUCUGUUCCUCAUUUCAAAAGAGACUGUGAUAGCCACUAAGUACUCCAUUCAAGUUAACCAAGACGUGCAAAUCCCACAGACGAUGUGUGCCAUUGUGCCUUGUAAAUUCAUGGCGGACGGUAGAGAGAAAUUCCUUAAUUCAACGGGUCAUUGGAAGCAAGGGAUAGGUAUCAUAGUGGCUUCUACUAACAUCUCAGCAGGAACAAAGCAAAACUUUCAUGCAAUCGGAGACCCUAACAAUGGUGACUGCACCCUGAAAAUCACCAACAUCAAGAAGGAAGAUGAGGGGACUUACUUCUUCAGAUUUGUGGAGAGCAAAGACAGUAUAAUUAAAUAUAACUAUAUAGAUACACAAGUAACGAUACAGGUAACAGACAUUCGAGAAGUAGAUGGCUUUUCUAUUCAGGUGGAUCAGAUUGUCACUGUCCAGAAGGGUCUUUGUGUCACCAUUCCUUGUACAUUUACUGCUGAUCGCAUGAAAUCCUUUACCGGCUCUAGAGGUCACUGGAAGACGAUAUGCCAAGAAUUUGUAGCCUCUACUGACAAGUCAAUUGUUGGCACAAAGCCAAAUUUUCAGUUCAUGGGAAAUCCAAAUAAUGGAGAUUGCACACUGAAGAUAACUGACGCCAAAGAGCAAGAUUCUGGAAAGUAUCACUUCAGAUUUGAAGAUGGGCAAGAUGACAACCGGAAGCACAGCUAUGUAUUCAAAAUGAUAACAAUACAGGUCACGGAUUUGAUUGAAAAACCUGUAAUCUCAGACCCUGGAAUACUGAUUGAAGGUAAAAAGGUGACACUAACUUGUACUGCACCGAGAGGCUGCCCCAACGCACUAAUUACAUGGCAGAACCAGACUAAUUCAACAAAUCUGACAUUUGUACCGACUAGGAGUCACCAUCAAACUUCAUUGACUUGUCAGAUGACCUUCCCAUCAUUGAAGAGUUAUACCCAAAAUGAAAUAACAUUAUAUGUUCAGUAUCCACCUGCCAUCGUUAUUACCACUGAGAUGCCAGAGCUACAAAACCCCACCAACACCAAUCAUACCACCAAUCAAGAAGUGACAGUUCAAGAAGGAAGCUCAUUGGCUCUGAGAUGUUCAGUGGACAGUAACCCAGGAGCUCAGGUGACCUGGAUGAAGGGAGAGAAGAACGUGCUCAGCAAAGGCAAUGGGAGCGAGCUUAUGCUCUAUUUGACUGAUAUAACAGCCAGCGAGGCAGAUAAAUAUCACUGCUUGGCUCACAAUAAUCUUGGGGCCAUUAAUCAAACCACCAAUAUCCUUGUGCAAUAUUCCGAACCUUCAAACUCCAAUAUGAUUGCUUGGUUAAUGGCCACAAUUGUCAUCAUCCUUCUUUUGAUUGGCCUGGGAAUAUUUGUUUUUGUAAGAUACAGAAGGAAAAGACAGUCUGAUCAUGUAAAUUUAGAACCCAAACGGGCAAUGAAAAAGAUGGAAACCACAUGUAAGGUUGAUGAGGGACUAGACAACGUUUAUACGAAUAUGUCAAUGUGAUCAUGAAGAAUACUUAGAAACACCCCUCUCAAAAAAAAUGCCUACACAGCAUACAUAUACUGUAUCAUAGCCAUAUUGUGUGAUAACAUUAUAUUACAGUGAUAAACUUCUGACGUAUUCAUGUUUUAACAGCAAUUUGUAUUUAUAUACACGUCUUAUAUAUGGCUCAUUCUUAUACCCUGUAUAUGUUU